UGCAAAUCAACUAAAAGAAAAAACGACAAGAAGGUGGAGGCUUUGAUAAUCCUGUAAGAACAAGAAGAUCCUCAAAUCCAAUCCACUCUGCUUCCACUUCGCCUCCUCUGCAGGCGCUCGGCCAUUCUAAUUUCUCCAUUAUUCACAAAUCCCUUCAAAACCCUCUUUCUCAAUUCCAUUCUUCACAAAUCCCUAUCUCUAGUUUGCUUCUAAAAAUGGAGGUGGUAUUGAUGCAGAGACAGUGGGUUCAGUAUAUUAAAGGCUUAAUUGGUGAGGGUUCUCUAGAUAGUCAGUAUUUGCAGCUUUUGCAACUUCAAGAUGAGAGUAAUCCAACUUUUGUUUCUGAAGUGGUGACUCUUUUCUUUGAAGAUACUGAGGAGCUUCUCAAUAAACUGAGAAUCGCUAUAUCACAGCCAUCUGUGGACUUCAAAAAGAUUGAUGAUCAUGUACACCAGCUGAAGGGCAGCAGUUCCAGCAUAGGUGCACUUAGAGUGAAAAAUGCAUGCAUUGACUUCCGGAGUGCCUGCGAGCAACAGAGUCCUGACUGGUGUUCAAGAUGCCUGCAACAAGUAGAGCAAGAAUUCUAUGGUGUGAAGGAGAAGCUCAGUUAUCUAUAUGCACUGGAAAAACGAAUUUUGAAUGCUGGUGGAUCAAUUCCUGAGGACUUGGGUUUCUAAACUGACAGAAUCCAUGGAAACCAAGGUUUUUCCAUUUGUUCCUGUGGAGUCUCCUCCGUCUUGUUCUCUAGGUUCUUAAAUAGAUUGUUACUUGUGCUUGUACAAAUUCAAAACCUUUGCCCUUUUCACUCAGAACGUCAGUGUUUUCUACAGCUGAUUUCAAUAGAGAACCGUUGUGGUUUGAUUAUGAUAUAUUUCUGCUUCAACUUUUAGCUUGAA